CCCAAUAGCAGGACUGGCUGUGGAUGUGGUUAUUGGUUAUUCCCUUCUGCAAUCUAGGCUACUUCUCACGAAAAAAUAAGAAAAACUUCGCCGACGUCUCAUAAAUGGCGUGAAAAUCAAUCCUUCCCAUUUCUGUUCUCUCUCUCUAACAUAGAGUAGAGUCCCAAAAAAGCUGCUGCUAACAACACCCUCUCAGUAGCAUCAUCAGCAGCCAUUAACCAAACCCAAUCUAUCUGUUCCUCCUCUUCAUCAUUGAAAAUUCUUGAUUAUCUUCUCUUUUAUCAACAAAAAAACCCUCAAGACAAGUGAUGAUGGCUCAAUCUUUAAUUCCAUCCUCACAAAUUACCACAGCGUUAAAUUCACGUCGAAUUCCAAAGAGGGUCAAUCUAUCAGCAUCAAAUCAUCAUCAAAACCCUCUUUUAUCAUCAUCAUCCCCAAUUUUAAACCCAAGUAGAUUAAUAUUUACUCCUCUUCGUGUUAGUAGAAAAUUGAGGAAAGGGGUUCAUGCUAAUGCUGUGGUUGAUGAAGGUUCAGAAGCAAUUGCUAAUUUAGAACGUUGUUUUGGUGCUGCCGCUGCUUCUACUUCUUCUUCUGCGCCGUCUAUGAGUUGUACUACUAUGAAAGGAUCAAAUUAUGGUGCUUUUGGUGCUGUUACCUUGGAGAAAAGUAAACUUGAUAUGACCAAACCAGAAACCAAGACUAGUCCUGAGGUUGCUACUGGAGGAGGUGGUGGAGAUAUUGGGAAGAGAAUUAAUAAUGGUGGUGGUGAUGGUGGUGAUGAUGGUGGUGAUGAUGACGACUACUUUGAUGAUUUCGAUGAAGGAGAUGAUGGAGAUGACGGUGGACUAUUUAGGAGGCGAAUUGUUUUAUCAGAGCUUUUCGGGCGCAAGUUUUUGGAUUCUGUCUUAAAUGAGUGGCACAAGACAGUGAUGGAUUUGCCUGCGGGGAUUCGACAGGGUUAUGAAAUGGGUUGGUUGAGUUCAGCGCAAAUCGUAAAGUAUCUCGCUACACAUGCUAGGCCAACCACGAUCAGAGUUGUUUCUCGAACACUUCCUGAAGGAAUGUCUAGGGCUUUCAUUGGCAGGAUGAUUGCCGAUCCAGCAUUCUUAUACAGGUUUCUACUAGAGCAAGCUGCUACUAUUGGUUGCUCCGUUUGGUGGGAAGUAAAGACUCGAAAGGACAGGUUAAAACAAGAAUGGGAUCUUGCACUUAUUAAUGUGUUAACAACGACAGCUUGCAAUGCCAUAGUUGUGUGGUCACUUGCUCCUUGUCGUUCAUAUGGGAGUACAUUCCGUUACGACUUGCAAAACACCAUACAGAAGCUUCCUAACAAUGUUUUCGAAAGGAGCUAUCCACAGAGAGAAUUUGAUUUGCUGCAAAGAUUUCAGUCUUUUUUCUACAAGGCUGCGGAGUUGUGUAUGGUUGGAAUUACUGCUGGUGCAGCACAAGGUGCUCUAUCAAAACUCUCUGCCAGUAAGGAGGGGAGGUUAUCUGUGACAAUGCCGACCGUGAGUAAUAAUGCACUUAGUUAUGGGGCAUUCUUGGGAAUCUAUGCAAACCUGAGAUAUCAGCUAUUAUGUGGACUAGAUAAAACUGUUAUGAAUCAUUUUGACGUUCUUGGAGUGGCUCUAUGUCUUAGCACGGUGAUGAGGGUUCUAAAUGUUCAAGUUGGAGAGACAUCAAGGCUUGCGUGGCUUGGAAUGCAGGCUGACCCACUGGUUGAAUCAGACAAUUUGUUGAAGGCAUACAACAGGCCGACUGAAGCAGCUCCCGCUUCUUCUUCAAACUGGUUCAUAUCAAAAAAUCCCAUUGUUUCUGGUCUUGAUCUUUUUAAUAAGCAACGCAACACCGAUGGGGAAGCUCCUCCACCUCCCAACACAAGGAGAAAGAGGAUUGUGAGGAAAAAAGUUGCAGCUUGAAUGCAUUACUCCCACUAGCUUUUUUACGGGGUCAUUGAACAAUUUUGUAACCAGAGGAAGAUCCAAGCGGGAAUCGAAAGAUUGCUGCAAAGCCCUGAAGUGGAAAUAAAUGGAGUUUGUUUUGAGAUUGCUUGUUCUCUGUUGCAGCAUGGGAUUAGAUUGUGUGCUGCUGGUUAGUUAUUUAGGAGAGUAGUAUAGUGAGAGUUCUCUUGGAAUUUUUUCUUCAAUUGUUUAUGUUAUAACAGCAUUUUCAGUCUGAUAGAAAUGUAAUGCCUGAUUUGGGAAACCCAAUUAGAUAUCCAAUAGUAUUUACAAAUUCUGGUA